CCCCCUCCCCUCUUCUCCCACCACGAUGAGAUCCUAAGAUGGCGCUGGCUGCGGCGGUUGGCGCCCAGCAGCCAAGGUAGGGAAGGCGGCCAUUGGGCUCCAAGCCGUCCGCAGGGAAGUUGUGGGCCUCCCUGCCGCGCUCUCUGAGGAAGAACUGCCGCCGGUGGCGGAUUCUGGGGCGCCUGUCCACCCCAGCUCCGGUCCCGGCCGGAGGAGCUGCCUCGUUUACAGCAGACAACAGCUUUGAAGCGUGGACAGGAAAGGUGCUGUUUCUGAGCUGCAAAAACUAGCUUCUGAAGAGAAAGUUAUUUGGGAAAGUCAGUAUGGCCACAGGAGGAGGUCCUUUUGAAGAAAGUAUGAAUGAUCAGGAUUUACCCAACUGGAGCAGUGAGUGUGUUGACGAUCGACUUAAUAAUAUGGAUUGGAGUGGCCAACAGAAGAAGGCAAAUAGAUCAUCAGAAAAGAAUAAGAAAAAGUUUGGUGUAGAAAGUGAUAAAAGGGUAACUAAUGAUAUUUCUCCGGAGUCAUCACCAGGAGUUGGAAGACGAAGAACCAAGACUCCACAUACCUUUCCACACAGUAGAUAUAUGACUCAGAUGUCUGUCCCAGAGCAGGCAGAAUUAGAGAAACUUAAACAGCGGAUAAACUUCAGUGACUUAGAUCAGAGAAGCAUUGGAAGUGAUUCUCAAGGUAGAGCAACAGCUGCCAACAACAAACGUCAGCUUAGUGAAAACAGAAAGCCCUUCAACUUUUUACCUAUGCAGAUUAAUACUAACAAGAGCAAAGAUGCUGCUACAAGUCUUCAAAAAAGAGAAAUGGUUGGAUCAACACAAUGUAAAAAGUUGUUUGCAUCUGCUUUAAGUAAUGACCUUUUACAAAAUUGUCAUGUAUCAGAAGAGGAUGGGAGAGGAGAGCCUGCAAUGGAAAGCAGUCAGAUUGUAAGUAGGCUUGUUCAAAUUCGUGACUAUCUUACUAAAGCUAGUUCUAUGCGAGAAGACCUUGUGGAAAAAAAUGAAAGAUCUGCUAAUGUUGAGCGUCUUACUCAUCUAAUAGAUCACCUUAAAGAACAAGAAAAGUCAUACAUGAAAUUUCUCCAAAAAAUCCUUGCUAGAGAAAAUGAGGAGGAGGAUGUUCGGACUGUAGAUUCAGCUGUGGGAUCUGGUUCUGUAGCUGAGAGCACAUCGCUAAACAUAGAUGUGCAGUCUGAGGCUUCAGAUACCACGGCUAGAGAUCCUCAACAGGAGCCUAUUGAAGAGAUAGAAAAUUUGAAGAAACAACAUGAUUUAUUAAAAAGAAUGUUACAACAACAGGAACAACUUCGAGCUCUGCAGGGUCGACAAGCUGCUCUUCUAGCUUUGCAACAUAAAGCAGAGCAAGCUAUAGCUGUGAUGGAUGAUUCUGAAAAAGUUGCAGGGACAUCUGCUGGCCAUCAUACUGUACCGUGCAGACAGACAGCUCGCUCUCCUUUUCUUCAGAGAGUACCCUUAAGAGUUGCUACAGAAACUUCAGGUAGCUUAUCUGGAGUCAGUAUCACAUCUGAACUAAAUGAAGAAUUGAAUGAUUUAAUUCAGCAUUUUCAUAAUCAGCUUCGUGAUUCUCAGCCUCCAUCUGUCCCAGAUAACAGAAGACAAGCAGAAAGUCUAUCAUUAACUAGAGAGGUUUCCCAGAGCAGAAAUCCAUCUGGUUCAGAACAUUCACCUGAUGAGAAAGUUCAGCUUUUUAGCAAAAUGAGAGUCCUACAGGAAAAAAAGCAAAAAAUGGACAAAUUGCUGGGAGAACUUCAUACCCUUCGAGAUCAGCAUCUGAACAAUUCAACAUUUGUGCCUUCUUCAGCCUCUCCACAAAGGACUGGGGAUCAGAGAAGUACAACUUCAGCACCUUCUGCUUCUGUAGGCUUGGCACCAGUUGUCAGUGGAGAAUCCAGUAGCCUUACAGCUGUUCCUUACCCUGCAGCUUCUCUAGUUUCUCAGAAUGAGAGUGAAAAUGAAGGCCAUCUAAAUCCAACUGAAAAACUCCAGAAGUUAAAUGAAGUUCGUAAGAGAUUAAAUGAACUAAGAGAAUUAGUUCACUAUUAUGAACAAACAUCAGAUAUGAUGAUAGAUACUGUAAAUGAAAACACAAAAGAUGAAGAAACUGAAGAGUCAGAAUAUGAUUCUGAGCAUGAAAAUUCUGAACCUGUUACGAAUAUUAGAAAUCCACAAGUAUCUGCCACCUGGAAUGAAGUAAAUAGUAAUAGUAAUACACAGUGUGUUUCUAAUAAUAGAGAUGGGAGAUCAGUUAAUUCAAAUUGUGAAAUUAAUAACAGAUCUGCUGCCAACAUCAGGGGUCUAAAUAUGCCUCCUCCUUUAGCAGACUGUCGAUACAAUAGAGAAGGAGAACAGGGGAUGCAUGCAGCACAAGGUGAAGAUGAUGAGGAAGAGGAGGAAGAAGCAGAAGAAGAGGGAGUAAGUGGAGCUUCAUUAUCAAGUCAUAGAAGCAGUCUGGUUGAUGAGGCUCCAGAAGAUGCAGAAUUUGAACAGAAGAUUAGUAGACUUAUGGCUGCAAAACAGAAACUUAGACAGCUACAAGAUCUUGUUGCUAUGGUGCAGGAUGAUGAUACAGCUCAUGGAGUUAUCUCUGCCAAUACAUCAAAUUUGGGUGAUUUGUACCCUGCAGAAGACACCAAACAAAAUUCAAAUAAUGCAAGAGGAAAUGCUAGUAAAACACAGAAAGAUACUGGAGUAAAUGAAAAGGCAAGAGAGAAAUUUUACGAGGCUAAACUACAGCAACAACAGAGAGAGCUAAAACAAUUGCAGGAAGAAAGAAAGAAACUGAUUGAGAUUCAAGAGAAAAUUCAAGCUUUGCAAAAGGCAUGUCCUGAUCUACAGCUGUCAGCUGCUAGUAUGGGUAAUUGUCCCACAAAAAAAUACCUGCCAGCUGUUACUUCAACCCCAACUGUUAAUGAAAAUGAGGCUGGUACAAGCAAAUCUGUUUAUGAGCCUGAAGAUUCUUCAGUAGUAGAUAAUGAGCUUUGGUCAGAUAUGCGAAGACAUGAAAUGUUAAGGGAAGAGCUGAGACAGAGAAGAAAACAGCUGGAAGCUCUGAUGGCUGAACAUCAGAGGAGACAAGGCCUAGCUGAAACAACAUCUCCAGUGGCUGUGUCCUUGAGAAGUGAUGGGUCUGAGAACUUGUGCACACCUCAGCAAAGUAGAACAGAAAAAACAAUGGCAACCUGGGGAGGCUCUACACAGUGCGCAUUAGAUGAAGAGGGAGAUGAAGAUGGUUACCUUUCUGAAAGAAUUGCUCGGACAGAUGAAGAGGAGGAAGAAGAACAAGAUGCUAGUUCCAAUGAUAAUUUUCCUGUGUUUCCUAAUGGUGUGAAUCAUAGUUCUUAUAAUGUAAAGGAAACUAAAAAUAGGUGGAAGAACAAUCGCCCUUUCUCAGCAGAUGGAAAUUAUCGUCCGUUAGCCAAGACAAGACAACAGAAUAUUAGCAUGCAACGGCAAGAAAACCUUCGAUGGGUGUCAGAACUGUCUUACAUAGAGGAGAAAGAACAAUGGCAAGAACAAAUUAAUCAGUUGAAAAAACAACUUGAUUUCAGUGUCAAUAUUUGUCAGACUUUAAUGCAAGACCAACAGACUCUGUCAUGUCUGCUACAAACUCUUCUCACUGGUCCAUACAGUGUUAUGCCGAGCAAUGUUGCCUCUCCUCAAGUGCACUUUAUAAUGCACCAGCUGAACCAGUGCUAUACGCAGCUAACAUGGCAACAGAAUAAUGUUCAGAGAUUGAAGCAAAUGCUAAAUGAACUUAUGCACCAGCAAAGUCAACAUCCGGAAAAACCUAGAAGCAAAGAAAGAGGUGGUAACACAUCACACCCCUCUUCUCCCAGUUUAUUUUGUCCUUUUAGCUUUCCAACCCAGCCUGUAAAUCUAUUUAAUCUUCCUGGAUUUACUAACUUCUCAUCAUUUGCACCAGGUAUGAAUUUCAGCCCUUUAUUUCCUUCUAAUUUUGGAGAUUUUUCUCAGAAUAUUUCUACACCUACUGAACAACAGCCACCAUUAGCCCAGAAUCCUUCAGGAAAAACUGAGUACAUGGCUUUUCCAAAACCAUUUGAAAGCAGUUCCUCUGGAGCAGAAAAGCAAAGGAAUCAAAAAGAGCCUGAAGAAGAAGUAGAAAACGGCAAGACCCCAUGGUUAUAUGAUCAAGAAGGGGAAAUAGAAAAACCAUUUAUCAAGACUGGAUUUGCAGUGUCUGUAGAGAAAACUACAAAUGGUAACCGCAAAAAUCAGCUAGAGACAAGCAGGAGAAGACGCCAGUUUGAUGAAGAAUCAUUAGAAAGCUUUAGUAGUAUGCCUGAUCCAGUAGAUCCAACAACAGUGACUAAAACCUUUAAGACAAGAAAAGCAUCUGCACAAGCCAGCCUGGCUUCUAAAGACAAAACUCCCAAAUCAAAGAGUAAAAAGAGGACUUCCACACAGCCGAAAAUCAGAGUUAAAAAUAUUGGAUAUGAAAGUGCCAGUAUGUCUAGCACCUGUGAACCUUGCAAAAGUCGGAAUAGACAUACAGCAAAGACUGAAGAGCCUGUUCCAGCAAAAGCAUUCAGCAGAAAGAAUCAUGAGCACCUGGAAAAAAUAAUAAAAUAUAGUAGGUCUACAGAAAUAUCUUCAGCACAUGCUAGGAGAAUGCUACAGCAGUCUAACAGAAAUGCAUGCAAUGAAGCGCCAGAAACUGGGAGUGAUUUUUCCAUGUUUGAAGCAUUACAGGAUACUAUUUAUUCUGAAGUAGCUACAUUAAUUUCUCAAAAUGAGUCUCGUCCACAUUUUCUUAUUGAACUCUUCCAUGAGCUUCAACUACUUAAUACAGACUACUUGAGACAGAGGGCUUUAUAUGCAUUGCAGGACAUAGUAUCCCGACAUAUUUCUGAAAGUGAUGAAAAAGAUGGAGAAAAUGUAAAGUCUGUAAACUCUGGUACUUGGAUAGCAUCAAACUCAGAACUUACUCCCAGUGAAAGCCUGGCUACUACUGAUGAUGAAACUUUUGAGAAAAACUUUGAAAGAGAAACACAUAAAAUAAGUGAGCAACACAAUGCUGAUAAUGCUAGUGUCAUGUCUGUAUCUUCAAAUUUUGAACCCUUUGCAACAGAUGAUCUAGGUAACACGGUGAUUCACUUAGAUCAAGCAUUAGCCAGAAUGAGAGAAUAUGAACGUAUGAAGACCGAGGGUGACAGCAAUUCAAAUAUGAGAUGCACCUGCAGAGUUCUUGAGGAUGAAGAUGCUGCUCCUGCUGCCACCUCUGCAGAUAAUAAUUUAGAUGAAACAGAAACUCCCAUUAUUGAAAAUUGUAGCUCACAACAACCUGUAAGUGAGGUUUCUACUGUCCCAUGUCCUAGAAUUGAUACUCAGCAACUGGAUCGUCAGAUUAAAGCAAUUAUGAAAGAAGUCAUUCCUUUUUUGAAGGAGCACAUGGAUGAAGUAUGUUCGUCUCAACUUCUUACUUCAGUGAGACGCAUGGUUUUAACCCUUACCCAGCAAAAUGAUGAGAGCAAAGAGUUUGUAAAGUUCUUUCAUAAACAACUUGGAAGUAUUUUACAGGAUUCAUUGGCAAAAUUUGCAGGCAGAAAACUGAAAGACUGUGGAGAAGACCUUCUUGUGGAAAUAUCUGAAGUUUUGUUUAAUGAAUUGGCUUUCUUUAAGCUGAUGCAAGAUUUGGAUAAUAAUAGUGUAACCGUAAAACAGAGAUGUAAAAGGAAAAUAGAAGCAACUGGAGUGAUACAGUCUUAUGCCAAAGAGGCCAAAAGGAUUCUUGAAGGAGAUCAUGGCUCACCUGCUGGCGAGAUUGAUGAUGAAGACAAAGACAAGGAUGAAACUGAAACAGUUAAGCAGACUCAGACAUCAGAGGUAUACGAUGCCAAAGGUCCCAAAGCUGUAAGAUCAGAUGUUUCUGAUCAAGAGGAAGAUGAAGAAAGUGAAGCAUGUCCAGUGUCUAUUAAUUUAUCUAAAGCUGAAACUCAGGCUUUAACUAAUUAUGGAAGUGGAGAAGAUGAAAAUGAAGAUGAAGAAAUAGAAGAAUUUGAGGAGAGCCCUGUGGAUGUCCAGACUUCACUUCAGGCUAAUACUGAAACUACAGAAGAAACUGAGCAUGAGAGUCAGGUUCUGCAACAUGACCUGGAAAAAACGGCAGAAAGCACUAAUUUCCCACCAGAUCAGGUGCUCACUGAUAAAAAUGAUCAAGUUAAUUCUCCUGUGAAACCUUGUUACCUUAAUAUCGUGGAAAAUGAACAGCCAUUAAAUAGUUCUACCCAGAAGGACUCAGUUACUACUAUUGAUUCAUCUAAACAGCCUGACCCUUUGCCGAUACCUUUAACUGAAAUUGAAACCAUAGUGCCUAAAGUCAAAGAAGUUAAGUCUACCCAGGAAACUCCUGAGAGCUCUCUGGCUGGAAGUCCCGAUACUGAAUCUCCAGUGUUAGUGCAUGACUAUGAAGCAGAAUCUGGUAACAUUAGUCAAAAGUCUGAUGAAGAAGAUUUUGUGAAAGUUGAAGAUUUGCCACUCAAACUGACAAUAUAUUCAGAGGCAGAUCUCAGGAAGAAAAUGGUAGAAGAACAACAGAGAAACCAUUUGUCUGAUGAAAUAUGUGAAAUGCAGACUGAAGAAUUAGCUGGAAAUUCUCAGAAACUGAAAGAACCUGAAACAGUGGGAAUCCAGAACAUAUAAGAUGACACCAGAGACUCUUCUCUCUUUUUACGUAGUUCAGUGAAUACAUGAAAAAUGAUACUAAAUAAACAUCAGUUCUGAUCUGUAUAAAAAUGUAAAUUAGUUUGACACUGCAUUUUUUGAUAGGUGUGCUAAUUUCUGCCCAUGGCAGUUUAAGACAUCAGAAACUGAAUCCUGGACCGAUUCAAGCAUUGAUACACUGUGUUUGGUUUUUUUCUUUGUGGUCUUGAUUUUUCUCAUUGUGAUGUUUGGUAACAUUAAAUUUAAAAUGUAGUUUUAAAUAAAGUUUGACUUAUCUGUAAAGUAA